AGUUUACUCAUUGUGUGAAGAUUUCUUGUUGAUUAACCAUGAAAGUGCAUAAUUUUGCGUUAAACAUUUUGUGGUUUUUAGCAGCGGUGACCUGGGUAAGAAGUUCGCCGCAAGGACGUAGUACCUCUGUGACAACGACCUCGCUAAUUAUAAAACAUGGUUACCCAGUAGAGGAACACAAAGUUCAAACCUCAGAUGGUUACAUUCUUACGAUGCAUCGCAUCCCUUACUCACCCAAUUUGAAUAAUAAUGACGAAGAGCGUCCAGUUGCAUUUCUUAUGCAUGGCUUACUUUGCUCCUCCAGUGAUUGGGUACUCGGUGGUCCUGGGCGUGGUCUCGCCUAUAUACUAUCUGAAGCUGGUUUUGAUGUUUGGAUGGGCAAUGCACGCGGCACUACAUAUUGUAAGAAACACGCUAGCAAGUCCGCACUUUUGCAGCCAUUCUGGAAUUUUAGUUGGCAUGAAAUCGGCAUUUACGAUUUACCUGCCAUGAUUGAUUAUACACUUUAUAUGACUGGUGCCGAAGAUCUUCGUUAUAUCGCACACUCGCAGGGCACUACUGCCUACCUCGUAUUGAACUCGAUGAUUCCACGUUUCAAGAAUCGUAUACGCUCAGCGCAUCUGCUGGCGCCCGUUGCAUAUGUGGAAAACAUGAAAGGGCCACUUCCCAAAUUGGCUGGUCCCGUUUUGGGACAACCGAAUGCGUUUGUUGAGGUCUUUGGUAGUGCCGAAUUUCUGCCAAACACAAAAGGUAUGGAGUUACUUGGCGCUGUGGCGUGCCGUGAUGAAUCACAUGUGCAAGUGAUAUGUUCGAAUGUAAUUUUCUUGAUCGGUGGCUGGAAUUCACCACACUUGAAUGAAUCUAUGCUCCCCGAAAUCAUGGCCACCACACCCGCUGGUUGUUCAAUCAACCAAAUACAACAUUACCUACAAGAAUACAAUUCUGGAGAGUUCCGACAGUUUGACUAUGGUAAAUCGCGUAAUAAGAAAACCUAUGGUAGCAAAAAGCCAACGGAGUACAAUUUGGAAGCCAUCGACGUGCCAACAUAUCUCUAUUAUAGCGAUAAUGAUAAUUUUGUCAGUUUAGUGGAUGUAGUGCGAUUGAUUUACGGUCUAAAACCAGAGACGUUGAAACGUGCUUACAGAUUACCCUAUCCAAAAUGGAAUCAUAUAGAUUUCUUGUGGGGCAUAGAUGUUGAAACGAUUGUUUAUGAUGUUGUAAUGGAAGAUAUUGCCAAUUCGUAAAUAUGUUUGUAAUUUUGACCACCUGCCAGUAGGAUAUCUUUAUUUAAUAUUUAUACGAAAUCGUCUGACAAAUAGCUUAAUGUUUUUAUAUAAGAUUCUAUAUAAAUAAAUUAAAUUAUAGCUC